UUACUCAGACGUAAGCCUUGUAGCACUCCGUACAGCCUGCUCCCACCAAAGUGUGCACAGGAUUACAGCUUGCAGUCUUUUAAAUCAACCGCUCCCCGACGUGAAGAAUUGUAUGGGGACCGUCAGAAGAGACAGGUCUGAAGUAAAAAGAGGGAGUAGAUACAGCAACGGUGUGCCGGGCUGCUAAGGUACUACUCCUUGCUCCUCCCUCAACCCUGCCCGCCUUGCCAGGCCCUUUCAGUGCCGGAAGAUCCGGGUCGGGAGGAGCGAGCAGGAAGUCGAGACGUGGCCGCCCCGCUGAGCAGCAGGGGGCGAGGCAGGCGAUGGCGGCUGCAGCGGCGCUGAGUUCAGAGCGGCUGGAGGUCUCCAUUGACGGUCUGACUCUGAGCCCGGAUUCGGAGGACGCCAGACCGGGCCAGGCGGAUGCUAGGCCGCUCGCCGCUGCUGGGGGCCGAGGAGGCCGAGUGGGGGCUGGAGCUCAGCCGGGGCAGCGGCACCAGCAGGAUGAGGCCGGCGACGAGGCUGGCGGAGACAGCGACGCAGAUGGCGGCGGCGACGAUGGAAUGCUGAGUCUGGAGCGGCGCUGGGGUUUCGGCCUGGAAGAGUUGUAUGGCCUGGCGCUGCGCUUCUUCAAAGAAAAAGAUGGUAAAGCAUUUCAUCCAACAUAUGAAGAAAAACUCAGACUGGUGGCACUGCAUAAGCAGGUUCUGCUGGGACCUUAUAAUCCAGACACUUGCCCUGAAGUUGGAUUCUUUGACGUCCUGGGGAAUGACAGAAGGAAAGAAUGGGCUGCCCUUGGAAACCUGGCAAAGCAAGAUGCCAUGAUAGAGUUUGUAAAGCUCUUAAAUAGGUGCUGUCAUCUCUUUUCAACAUAUGUUACCUCCCAUAAAAUAGAGAAAGAAGAACAGGAAAAGAAAAGGAGGGAAGAGGAAGAGCGUAGGCAACGUGAAGAGGAAGAACGAGAGCGUUUGCAAAAGGAGGAAGAGAAACGUAGGCGAGAAGAAGAGGAGAGACUGAGACGGGAAGAAGAAGAGAGGCGGCGGAUAGAAGAAGAGAGACUCCGAAUGGAGCAGCAGAAGCAACAGAUAAUGGCAGCACUGAACUCUCAGACGGCUGUUCAGUUCCAACAGUAUGCAGCCCAGCAGUACCCAGGCAACUAUGAGCAGCAGCAGAUCCUGAUUCGUCAGCUUCAGGAACAGCACUAUCAACAGUACAUGCAACAACUUUAUCAGGUCCAGCUUGCACAGCAACAGGCAGCUUUACAAAAACAGCAGGAAGCAGCAGCCACAGCAGGGGCUUCAGUUACUUCUGUAUCAAAAGCAAACCCAGCUACCACAGGAGAAGUACCAUCAGUUAAUGGACAGCCUAGUGCACAUACAGACAGCUCUGAAAAAGACCUGGAAACUGAAGCUUUAGAAGAAGCACUAGAAAAUGGACCAAAAGAAUCUGUUCCAGUCAUAGCAGCACCAUCUAUGUGGACACGACCCCAGAUUGCAGACUUCAAAGAGAAGAUCCGCCAAGAUGCAGACUCUGUGAUUACAGUUGGGAGAGGAGAAGUAGUCACUGUUCGUGUACCAACUCAUGAAGAGGGUUCUUAUCUCUUCUGGGAGUUUGCUACAGACAAUUAUGACAUUGGUUUUGGGGUAUAUUUUGAAUGGACAGAUUCCCCUAACACAGCAGUCAGCGUGCAUGUUAGUGAAUCCAGUGAGGAUGAGGACGAGGAUGAAGAAAACACUAGUACUGAAGAAAAAGCCAAAAAGAAUGCCAACAAGCCUCAACUAGAUGAAAUAGUGCCUGUGUACAGACGAGACUGUCAUGAAGAAGUCUAUGCUGGCAGCCAUCAGUACCCAGGAAGAGGAGUCUAUCUCCUUAAAUUUGACAACUCCUACUCAUUAUGGAGGUCAAAAACAGUUUACUACAGAGUCUAUUAUACUAGAUAAAGAUCUUGUGGAGGCUGGGGCGGUGCAGAAGACGUCGUGUUGUUUGGAAUUUCUGUCAAGCAUACUGGACUUUUUGACUUUGUUACCCUGUCUGAUGUAUCUGUAUGGCGUGUGUGUGUGUGAACUUUGACACUGGGAGUUGAGCUUUCUUCUGCAGCUCAAUGUCAAUGCAGUUAGCGGGGUUAGAAUCUACCCAAUCCUUUCUGAUGACAUGGUUGUUUGCCAGAGCAUAAGACAGAAAGUUAUGCAAGUUGCAUAUACUGACCUUUUAAUAAUCCCUUAAACUCUAAAACACACACAUACAAGGGGGAAAUGUUUCAUUGGUGGCGGUCAGUAUGGCGUUGCCUGCCCUACAAGCAUUGAACGUUUAAAAACAAUAAGUCUGUUAAUUAUUCAUUUAAGGGUACCAGCCGUACUUGUGCAGGUGGGAGCCAGAUGCAAUCUGCACUGUAGCGAGCAAGUUUCUUAAAGCUGUAUUUGAAUGUCCAGGUUUUUACACCAUUAAACUUUAAACCCUAGUGGAUGCAGUUUAGAAGCUGA